AUGACACGCGAUUGUUGGUAUACCUUAAUUGAUAUCUGUCAAGUAAUAUGCUGCGUAGUCUGCCUGCCGGUUAUUAUUCCUGUCUAUUACAUCUAUACCUCAGUCGCCUUCAGGGAGUACCAAUGGACUAGGAGGUUCAAGAAGUACCACAAAACGGAUGUGCUGCCUCUGCCUGCUCGUCGGCAACGGGCUCUUUCAAUUAAUGCUGCCCUUGAUAGCCCACACCAGCAGCAAUACCAGAAGCUUCACGCAAACGAGAGAGAACUAGGUCAACCAUCCUACGGCCAGGCGCAGUCUAGGUUGUUUCAUCUUCCUGCGGAGCUGAGGCUUAUGAUAUAUAACUAUGUUGUUGGAAGUCGGAAGAUCCAUAUAGUGCAUACCAAUAGCCGGCAACUAGCUGCAUUUCCCUGCACUCAUGAUUCAAAUGAUUCAAAGACCGUUGCUAGUGACGUAAAUGUCUGCAAUUGUGUAUCUGAAAAUGUUGUGCACGCAAAUAAGCAGACAGGUUGCACUUUCGUCGAGGAUAUUCUGGCCCCGGUAACAUGCGAGCAUCCGGGUAUUGGCAUGCUCUCCUUACUUCAGUCAUGCAGAUUAAUGUAA